AUACAUAUAACCUUUAUGCCAUCAUUCGUUCCAAUCCCAAUAGCUCAGCGAAUCUCCUUUACCAGUUUUUAAAAAUAAACUAAUAAGUGGGAAAAUGGUUAUAAAUUUUAGGGAUAAAGCUUGGAUUUUUCUGGCGAUUAUGUGUUUUUCAUUGUUGAUUUGCUCAACUAAAGCAUUGGUCUCUUAUGAUCAUAAAGCUUUAAUCAUCAAUGGACAGAAAAGGAUCCUUCUCUCUGGUUCCAUCCACUACCCAAGAAGCACCCCUGAGAUGUGGCCUGAUCUGAUAAAGAAGGCCCAAGAAGGUGGUUUAGAUGUUAUACAAACUUAUGUUUUCUGGAACGGACAUGAACCUUCUCCUGGACAAUAUUAUUUUGGGGAUCGGUAUGAUCUGGUUAGGUUCAUCAAGCUGGUGCAACAAGCCGGUCUAUAUGUUAGCCUGAGAAUUGGUCCAUAUGUUUGUGCCGAGUGGAAUUUCGGGGGAAUUCCUGUCUGGCUCAAAUAUGUCCCUGGUAUGGUUUUCAGGACUGAUAAUGGACCUUUCAAGACUGCAAUGCAAAAAUUCACAAAGAAGAUUGUGGAUAUAAUGAAAGAAGAAAAGUUGUUUGAAACUCAAGGAGGACCCAUCAUUCUCUCACAGAUAGAGAAUGAGUAUGGACCAAUGGAAUGGGAGAUAGGAUCAGCAGGAAAGGCAUACACAAAAUGGACAGCUGCAAUGGCGUUGGGUUUGUCCACAGGUGUCCCAUGGGUUAUGUGCAAGCAAGAUGAUGCUCCUUACCCUAUUAUAAACACAUGCAACGGGUUCUAUUGUGAGGGUUUCAAACCAAACUCGGUCGAUCAGCCCAAGAUGUGGACAGAGAACUGGACUGGUUGGUUCACGGAAUUUGGAGGUGCGAUACCAAACAGACCGGUCGAAGACCUUGCGUUCUCCGUGGCUCGCUUUAUACAGAACGGUGGUUCAUUUAUGAAUUACUAUAUGUACCAUGGAGGGACGAACUUUGAUAGAACAUCGGGCGAGUUUAUCACCACAAGCUAUGACUACGAUGCUCCUCUUGAUGAAUAUGGAUUACUGAGAGAACCCAAGUAUAGUCAUUUGAAAGAGUUGCAUAAAGUCAUCAAACUAUGUGAACCUGCGUUGGUCUCUGUUGAUCCCACCAUUAAUUCGCUCGGCAAUAAGCAAGAAGCUCAUGUGUUCAAGUCCAAGACUUCUUGUGCUGCGUUUCUCUCAAACUACGACACAAGUUAUGCAGCAAAAGUUAUGUUUAGGGGGUUCCCAUAUGAUUUGCCCCCUUGGUCUAUCAGUAUCUUACCUGACUGCAAAACCGAGUAUCACAACACUGCAAAGAUUCGUUCACCGAGCAUACUUAUGAAGAUGGUUCCUACUAGCACGCGAUUUUCAUGGGAAUCAUACAACGAAGCAAUCCCUUCUUCAGGUGACUAUGGUACGUUUGCUCGAGAUGGUUUUUUGGAACAAAUAAGCAUGACCAGAGACAAAACAGACUAUUUCUGGUAUCUUACAGACAUUACAAUUAGUUCUAAUGAGGGGUUCUUGAAAACUGGCGAAGAUCCACUUCUUACCAUUUGUUCAGCUGGUCAUGCUCUUCAUGUAUUCGUUAAUGGUCAGCUUGCAGGAACUAGUUAUGGAGCAUUGAGCAGCCCCAAGCUCACAUUUAGUCAAAGGAUCAAAUUGCGCGAAGGCGUCAACAAACUUGCUAUCCUAAGUACGGCAGUGGGUCUUCCGGACGCAGGUGUGCACUAUGAGACUUGGAAUACUGGAGUUCUAGGUCCAGCCACACUGAAUGGAGUUAACUCUGGAGCAUGGGACAUGUCUAAGUGGAAAUGGUCCUAUAAGAUCGGUACCAAAGGUGAAGCUAUGAGCCUUCAUACCACAACCGGGAGUUCCUCUGUGGAAUGGACAGAAGGAUCAUUCGUGGCCGUGAAGCAACCAUUGACCUGGUACAAGUCUUCUUUUAAUGCGCCGGUAGGCAAUGAACCAUUGGCAUUGGACAUGAACACAAUGGGAAAAGGACAAGUUUGGGUAAAUGGACACAACAUAGGACGUCAAUGGCCUGCCUACACGGCUCAUGGUAACUGCGGACGCUGCAACUAUGCUGGGAUUUACAACGAGAAGAAAUGUCUCAGUAAUUGUGGCCAAUCUUCUCAAAGAUGGUACCAUGUGCCUCGUUCAUGGCUUAAACCAUCUGGGAACCUUCUAGUUGUGUUUGAGGAAUGGGGUGGUGAUCCAAGUGGGAUUUCUGUUGUUAAAAGAACAAACAAAUGAAGCUCUUAAUCCGGUUUUUAUGGAGAAAAAAAAUCUACUAGAGGGUGCAUCUUCCCUGAAGUUAUAAUUAAGGUUCUGUGCAGUGCUUACAACAUGUACAGUGGCAGUUAUUGGUUUAUAUUGGAAGAAUGGUGUAUCCUCGCCUAAAUAAUAUAUUUGCAAGUGUAUAAUAAAGCUUAUUCAUAGAAUAAACCAAAUACAGGAAUCAAUGCUAAUUACCCUAGUUAUAAACACCAUAUGAAUAUAUUUUAUAUCAUCUUCCCAA